GGAUAGACAGACAGACAAAUGCUAGUCUGCUAUGAACUGGCUGCUUGUGUGUGUUGCGUAGUGGACCUAGUAAAAGGAAAAAAAGUACCACAUCAUGACUAAGUGAAACCUAUCAAUGGGUUAUCGACCUGAAAUAUGUAUCUUAAUUUUAUUUGAGUUCCGACCAUGUUCUAAACAUUUUAUGUCAUUGAAUGUAUUUUGAUACGCGCACCUGUUUUACUGCAUUGAUACCUUCUGCAAGAAGCAUUCCGAUAGUAUUGACCAAUAUUGAGGUUUUGCAAUAGACUACAACUCUCUUCGAAAUGGACAAUUUGCGUGUGUACUUAGCAACAUGGAAUGUGGCCACUCAAGCCCCAGAGGAGGAUGUAACAGCACUUCUCGGUUUAAGUAAUCGAUCAUCAAAAGACAGGCUUCCAGAUUUAUAUUUUGUUGGCUUGCAAGAAGUUAAAUCUCAACCGCAAAAUAUGCUCUUGGACGCUCUCUUUGAUGACCCAUGGACUAAUUCCUUAAGGACUGUAAUGGCAAAGCACAAGUACAUCAAGAUUAAAACAGUUCGUUUGCAGGGAUUGGUUCUUAAUGUAUUUUGCCUUGCUCACCACCUUACCCAUUUGAGAGAUAUUCAAACCCAAUUCACAAAAACUGGACUAGGAGGAAUGUGGGGCAACAAGGGAGCUGUCACAAUUCGUUUCAACAUAUAUGGGUGCUCUGUAUGUGUUGUCAAUGCUCACUUAGCUCCUCAUGACCAUUUAUUGAAGGAACGUAUUGCAGAUUACAAUACCAUUGUCAGUUCACAAACGUUCUCUGUGGGUGAGACCACUCGAAUCUUUCUACAUGACUAUGUAUUUUGGAUAGGGGACUUAAAUUUCCGUUUGGCUGAUCCUAAUGUUUUGACUGGAACUGAAAUAAAACGUUUAGUUUCCUGUGGUGAACUCAAGUCACUAUUGGACAAAGAUCAACUUCGUCAAGCCAUGGCCCUUGGAACAGCCUUCAGUGAAAUGACUGAGCAGAUUCCACGGUUUCCCCCAACAUACAAGUAUCAAUUUCAUAACUCCACUUAUGACUUGAAACGGCGCCCUUCAUGGACCGACCGUGUGCUGUAUUUUGUGCAUAAAAACGUUUAUGAAAACAUAACACUUCAGGCAGAACAGCUCUCAUAUACUAGCCUUCCUCAGUAUGAACAAAGUGACCAUAAACCAGUUGUGUCUGAAUUUGUUAUCAAGGUAUUCAGUGAUUAUCAUGAUAGAUUGGUGGGAUUCAAUCCCAUUGGGGACUGGUAUCUUGAUGAAAUGAACAGUGUCUUUUGUAACAUUGAUGAUGAUGUAAAAAUUUCACCUUGGGAUUGGGUUGGUCUAUACAAGGAGGAUUUUUCAAGCUUAGAUGACUACAUUUGCUAUGUGUACGUCAGCACUACUCCUCUUUGGAUUGAGAACAGUGGAGGGCAAUCAAAUCAAACAGGAAACACUCUAAAAUUGACCUUUCCUGACACUGCCCCUCGUCUUCCUGGGCGCUACCAAGUUGUGUAUGUGACUAACAGCCCAGUUUCUGUUUUGGGAAUAAGCGCACCAUUCCAAGUUUAUUCUCCAAGAGUGCAAACCUUGGAUUGGCAACAGUCGUAACAUUCAGUUUUGCACCUUGAUUUUCUUGCCUCAUAAGGUAUUAGUUUUCUUUUUGGUCACAAAAGUAACAGUUACCCAGGGAUAAACAAUCAGUUAAGGAAUCUGCUUUA